CCCCACGUGACGCUGCGCCGGCGGCGGCGGCGGUUGCCGGGGCGACGGCCCGAGAGGUGGCGGCCGAGCGGGUUCGGCGCGGAUGCCCGCGGCGGUGCAGCAGAUUUCUGCUGUGAGAAUUAACAGUAACAGUUCAAUAUGGGGGAUAUCCUGGCUCAUGAAUCAGAAUUACUUGGACUUGUGAAAGAGUACUUAGAUUUUGCCGAAUUUGAAGACACCUUGAAAACAUUUUCAAAAGAAUGCAAAAUGAAAGGAAAGCCAUUAUCUAAAACAGCAGGUGGCUCUUUAAAGGACUCCAAAUCAUUGAUCAUCCAGAAGAACCUCGUUACUGCAUUUGACAAUGGAGACCAGAAGGUGUUCUUCAGUUUGUGGGAGGAGCACGUUCCCAGUUCCAUCCGAGAUCAUGACUCCCUUGCCCAGAAGUUGGAAUUCUAUCUUCAUAUCCAUUUUGCCAUCUAUCUUCUGAAACACUCCAUAGGGAGACCUGACAAAGAGGACCUGGAUGAGAGGAUUUCUUAUUUCAGAACCUACCUGGAGACCAAAGGGGCAGCGUUGAGCCAGACUACGGAGUUUCUUCCUUUCUAUGCUCUGCCUUUUGUUCCCAAUCCCAUGGUACACCCCUCAUUUAAAGAGCUCUUCCAGGGUUCUGGGCAAGGUUUUGCUGUUGGAAAAACAAGUCAGACAAUCACUCAUGGAAAGUCCAUGUUCCACAAGUGGAGAGACUAUGAUAUAAAGAGGGAUUCUUGGACUCCAGAAUUAAAGUUGAAGUUGGAAAAGUUUUUGGCUUUAAUUUUUAAAGCUAGUAACACGCCAAAGCUUUUAACAUUAUACAAGGAGAAUGGACAAAGUAACAAAGAAACGUCACAGCAGCUCCACCAGCAGCUGGUAGAAGCUGAGCGAAGGUCAAUGACAUACCUGAAGCGGUACAAUAAGAUCCAGGCGGACUACCACAAUCUCAUUGGGGUCACAGCAGAGCUGGUGGAUUCUCUGGAGGCCACAGUCAGUGGCAAGAUGAUCACCCCGGAGUACCUCCAGAGCGUGUGUGUCCGCCUCUUCAGUGAUCAGAUGCGACAGAGCCUGGCGCACAGUGUGGACUUCACGAGACCUGGGACGGCUUCAACCAUGUUAAGAGCCUCCUUGGCACCUGGGAAACUGAAGGAUGUCCCAUUGCUGCCUUCCUUGGAUUAUGAGAAGCUGAAGAAGGAUUUGAUUUUGGGGAGUGACCGCUUGAAAGCCUUCUUGUUGCAGGCUCUGCGCUGGCGCUUGACCACAUCCCAUCCUGGAGAGCAGAGGGAGACCGUUCUGGAAGCCUACAUUGGCAACGACCUCCUGGAUUGUCACAGCCACAGCCAGAGGACUGUGCUCCAGCUGCUGCAUUCAAAGAGCGAGGUAGUACGGCAGUACAUGGCCCGGCUCAUCAAUGCUUUUGCAUCCCUGGCAGGAGGUCGCCUCUACCUGGCCCAGAGCACAAAGGUGCUACGGAUGCUGGAGGAAAGGCUGAAGGAGGAGGAUGAGGACAUCGUCACCCGUGAGAACGUUCUUGGGGCCUUGCAGAAGUUCAGCCUCAGGCGCCCGCUGCAGACGGCAAUGAUUCGAGACGGCCUCAUCUUCUGGCUGAUUGAUAUUCUGAAGGACCCUGACUGCCUGUCAGACUAUACGCUGGAGUACUCGGUGGCUUUGCUCAUGAACCUCUGCCUCAGGAGCGCAGGGAAGAACAUGUGUGCCAAGGUGGCAGGCCUGGUGUUGAAAGUUCUUUCGGACCUACUUGGCCAUGAGAACCAUGAGAUACAGCCGUAUGUGAAUGGAGCUCUGUACAGCAUCCUCUCUAUUCCAUCCAUUCGUGAGGAAGCAAGAGCAAUGGGAAUGGAGGACAUCCUUCGCUGCUUCAUCAAAGAAGGCAAUGCUGAAAUGGUCCGCCAGAUUGAAUUUAUCAUCAAGCAACUUAAUUCAGAAGAGCUACUGGAUGGUGUUCUUGAGUCUGACGAUGAUGAAGAUGAAGAUGAUGAAGAGGACCAUGACACUAUGGAAGCUGAUCUGGACAAAGAUGAGCUGAUCCAGCCCCAGCUUGGAGAGCUCUCAGGCGAGAAGCUUCUGACCACGGAGUACUUGGGAAUUAUGACGAACACGGGGAAGACGAGGCGGAAGGGCCUGGUCGGUGUGCAGCAGAGUGCCCACGAGCCCCUGCGCCGGCCCGUCACCCCCGGCGGCCACAGGACCGCAGUCCUGGAAGACCACCCCAUCUCUCCCCAGAUGGCCCAACAUGCCAGGAAGGGCAGCGUCCCGUCGCUGAUGAGCACCCACCCUCCCGGGUACAAGGGCGGGGAGCCCAGCGCCUCAGAGCCUUGCGCCUCCUGUUCAGCCACCGUGGACAUCAAGCCAGGAGAAUGGUGGCCAGCAGGACAUCAGGGAGAAGCUCGCCUGCCCUCCGCGGGGGUCCCCAGCCAGGCCCCAGGCAGUGGAGAGCCCAGCAGGGAAUUUACAUCGGCCUUCACCGGCAAGGCCCGGACCCCCAGCACCCCGGAGAUCCUGGACCUGAACCUUCCCAAGGCCAGGGCAUCAGCCCUGACCCCUCAGCUCUCUUCGUGCGGCCCCCAGCAGGCCAGCCGCCCCAGCUCCAUGAUGUCCUCCACGAGGGGCCCACAGAGCAGCCAGUCUCACAGAAAGUGAGGGUGGCUUCGUCGCCAGUGUCCCCAUCCCGUUGCCGGAGGACCCGCCAGCUUCCCCGUCUCGGCCCGCCGGCGGCUGCAGGUGACAGAUGUGGAGAGACGUGGUCUGCGAGCCGCCAAGUGGCUUCAGGGACCGAGGCGAGGCCCGGGAGCAGGCCCAGCGCGGCCCCCGCGACGCGGGCCCCUGUCCCCGCGCCUCCGUCCCUGCCCCUCGCACAGGGGACCGCAGCCGGGUGGACGGGGCGGGCCCAGGCAGCGGGGCCCUGUCUCGGGAGCCCGUGCGAAGGGGCGGGGACCCUGGCCUCGCUGGAAACCAGCGCUCGUCUCCGUCCAGCUAGGAGAAAACUGAAGGGAUUUAGAAUAAAUAGCAAGGGAGACUCAUUCUCCAGCCAUAUUCCCGAGCAACAAAUUUGAUAUUUUUGUCCUUUUUUGAAAUCUGGUAAGAAUACGAUAUAGUCCCGUAUGUAGCUUGGAACAUAAAGCCGUUCCUAAUCUUCUGCACACGUGUUUUCUUUAAAACCUCAUAGCGUUAACCAGUGUGACACCCCCCCCCCCCGCCUUUAGACUAUACCCACAAUGGUUCCCCUGGCAAAAUGACUGGACCCUGCCCGGGAGGGGUGCUGGCCCCUUGCGGAGGGGUGACACCAGAGCUCAUGUCUUAGGACAAAGGUGAGAACUUUGCCUGCAGAGCCAGCAAAUGUCACCCAAGCUAGGAGCAAGAUCUGACCUCUCCUAAAAUAUGACUGUUGAAAUAAAAGUAAUCAAUUUUUU